CACACAGUGAAAAUAUUCCAACAUAUGAUCAUUUACUGAGCGCUACUUUCGGAUCUCCAGACUUUCAAAGACCCGACCGAUGUGGACAGAUGUGCUGAUCCAGGUCUGAAUCCGCAGCGUGUUCAUCAGCCGACCAUCAAGGUGUCAACUCAAACUAUCCAGAACAUUAAGAAUGGCUUUUACAGACUCCAGUCUGUCGGAAAAAGAGGAGCCUUUUAUUUGGAGAGCGACCAAAAUUGCUUUGGUUGUCGCUCUUUACUGGUUCAUCUCGAUUUCCAUGGUGUUCCUGAACAACUACCUGUUAGACAACAAGGAUCUGGACGCACCUGUCUUCAUCACAUUUUUCCAGUGUGUUGUUAGUGUUGGACUAUGUUGGAUCAUGAACUUUCUCUCAAAAUUAUUUCCUGGAUUCGUGGAUUUCCCAUCCCUGAAAUUUGAUUUUAGAGUGUCCAGAGAGAUUUUGCCAUUGAGCGUCGUGUUCAUAGGCAUGAUCACAUUUAACAACUUGUGCCUGAAAUAUUUGGGAGUUGCCUUCUAUACUAUUGGCCGUUCGCUUUCCACCGUAUUUAACGUUGUCCUGUCCUACGUGGUUCUAAAGCAAACAACGUCCCUCUACGCAGUGCUGUGUUGCGCAGUCAUUCUAGGUGGAUUCUGGCUGGGUGUGGACCAAGAAUCUAUCGCAGGUUCCCUUUCUUGGACAGGCGUGAUUUUCGGCGUACUUGCCAGUCUUUGUGUAUCUCUCAAUGCCAUCUACACAAAAAAAGUGAUGCCUGUGGUGGAUGGAAAUAUCUGGAAGCUCUCCUACUACAACAACCUUAAUGCCAGUGUACUUUUUAUUCCACUUUUCAUCAUUUUAGGUGAACUGAAAAGCCUGUCUGCGUUUAACCGACUGACACAUUUAGAUUUCUGGGGGAUGAUGAUUUUGGGGGGAGUCUUUGGCUUUGCCAUUGGUUACGUGACGGGACUUCAGAUCAAAUUCACCAGUCCAUUGACACACAAUGUGUCUGGCACAGCCAAAGCUUGUGCACAGACCGUGUUAGCGGUCAUCUUCUCAGCCUCCAGUAAGACUUUUCUCUGGUGGACAAGCAAUAUGAUGGUGCUGGGUGGAUCCUUCGCCUACACCUGGGUCAAAGGACUCGAGAUGAAGAAAGUUGAAGUGGCUCCAGAAACACAAAACACAAGCAGUCAGAAAAGUAAAGAAGAUUCAGUGGUGUGAAAAAGAGUUUUGUAAUAACGGUGUUGUAGACGCUGUCUGUUCAGCACAUCUGUGUAUACAUACAUAUAUUUACAUGGGCAUUUACUUUGUAGUGUAAAUUAUAAUUAUUAAAACCUGUUUAACAAAACUCCACUUGUUACAGCAACACCAUAUACAGAUAUAAACUCACAUUUUUGAGAAAAAUUAUGCAUUUACCUUUUUUUAUGUUUUAUUCUCUGGCAGUCUUAAACUUCUGUUUUAGGUCUGUAGCACCACUGUUAGGUGUAAUUAGCUGGUGAAGUGGAUUUAUUUAUUGUAGAUUUAACAAAAGUCAGCAAGUUAUCAUUGUGCGGAAUGUUCAAAGCGGAUGUCAUAACAAAUAUCAGUAGACCAGGAACAUUUUAAAAUGAGUGGUUCAUUCAUAAAUUUGUAAGACCUUACCUUCACACUGAAGUUCGGAUCAUUUUACCGACUCUGACCUUUGAGUCUCGUUCAGCAAAAUUAACAAAUCUUUUUUUGAGUCAUUUCGUUGGUGAUCUAAUUCCAGUACAGAACCUAUUAGAAUGUUGCGCAUGCCCGACUGAACGAAUCACUCCCCGAGACGACUCGUUCUUCCUGAGUCACAUUAAAGAUUCGUUCAAAAUGAGUGCAGUGCUGAAAAGGGGCGGAGCUACAUAAGAUAAACUCAGAAUUCUGAGAAAAAGGC